GAGAGGCAGGUCUCCUGGUGGUGAAGCCCUGAGUGGGACGGGGGUGGGGCAGAGGGCUCUGGGCAUGCCAGCUCCUAUGCCCUCUGGACCUGUCAGGUGAGCAGGGCCUGUGGGUGGCACCAGCGGCCUCUGAGACCCAGCCAGCCCUUCCCUAUGGACAGCAGGCCUUUUUUUGUGGCCCAGCAUGAGGCUUCCCUGACAUGCAUCUGCCCUAACAGACAGAUCCCACAGACACAAGUGGGUGUCAGCCCAACUCUGUCCCACAGCACCAGAUUCCCUGUCCAGGUACACAUAGGGUACCCUGGCCCGGAGAAAGCCUCAUCCUCAGAGUACCAGCCCUAGACAGAUCCAGGCCAGGAAAUGCUGGAGGGCUCAACCCACAGGCAGCAGACAGGAACCCAUGUGUGCUGGGGGCGUGGUGGCCACACGCUGAGGUCCCGGUUGGUGGGUGGUGUGGCUGUGCCAGGUCAGCCUGAGUCAGACCCGCCCCUGCUCAUCCCUCCUCUCAAGGCUGCAGGAAGCCUCCGCUAGCCCAAAGUGAAAGAGAAAGUAGCCCCCUGCAGGCCCGCCCCACCCUGCCCCGCCCCCUGGCCAAUCCCUGCGGCCCCUCGCCUCCUCCCCCGGCAGCUUCCCCUCCUGUGUGAGUGCCGGGCUGGAGUGUGGAGAAGCCAUCCAGAGUGAGUGCCUGGGGCAGAGUGAGAACAGGACCAGCGGGCAGGUGGUGGAGUGGGGGUCGGUGGUGGAUGGCCCAGCCCUGGAAAACCGAGGUGAAGGACAGAAGGGGCGGUUGCUGAAGCCUGGAAAUUCCCCUGAAGGUGGAGCACCGCCCAACCCCCCUGCGUCCCAGCCUCUCUCAAGGCCACCUCCACCUCCACCUCCACCCCGCCUGGCCUGGGUUCACCUCUUCGGCUCCUCCCUGGGCACGAUCGAGUUAAAUGGCUGAUAAGCAGAUCAGCCUGCCAGCCAAGCUCAUCAAUGGCGGCAUCGCCGGGCUGAUCGGAGUCACCUGCGUGUUCCCCAUCGACCUGGCCAAGACCAGGCUGCAGAACCAGCAGAACGGCCAGCGCAUGUACACAAGCAUGUCCGACUGCCUCAUCAAGACCAUCCGCUCCGAGGGAUACUUCGGCAUGUACCGGGGAGCUGCUGUGAACUUGACCCUCGUCACCCCCGAGAAGGCCAUCAAGCUGGCAGCCAACGACUUCUUCCGCCAUCAGCUCUCUAAGGAUGGGCAGAAGCUGACCCUGCUUAAAGAGAUGCUGGCAGGCUGUGGGGCUGGCACCUGCCAGGUGAUCGUGACCACGCCCAUGGAGAUGCUGAAGAUCCAGCUGCAGGAUGCAGGGCGCAUCGCCGCCCAGAGGAAGAUCCUGGCUGCCCAGGGCCAGCUCUCGGCCCAGGGGGGUGCCCAGCCCUCAGGGGAGGCUCCACCUGCCCCUCGGCCUACGGCCACCCAGCUGACCCGUGACCUGCUGCGAAGCCGCGGCGUUGCUGGUCUCUACAAGGGACUCGGGGCCACGCUGCUCAGGGACGUUCCCUUCUCCGUGGUCUACUUCCCGCUCUUUGCCAACCUGAACCAGCUGGGCCGCCCGGCGUCCGAGGAGAAGUCGCCUUUCUACGUGUCCUUCCUGGCCGGCUGUGUGGCCGGGAGCGCCGCCGCUGUGGCCGUCAACCCCUGCGAUGUGGUGAAGACGCGGCUCCAGUCACUUCAGCGAGGCGUCAAUGAGGACACGUACUCUGGGUUCCUGGACUGUGCCAGGAAGAUCCUGCGGCACGAGGGCCCCUCCGCCUUCCUGAAGGGCGCCUACUGCCGCGCGCUGGUCAUCGCACCCCUUUUCGGCAUUGCCCAGGUGGUCUACUUCCUGGGCAUCGCGGAGUCCCUGCUGGGGCUACUGCAGGACCCCCAGGCCUGAGCCCAGCGCCCGCUCCACCCCAGCCAGCCGGGCAGGGCUAGUGUGGGGCUGGAGCCAGGCAGCUAGCCCAGGACGGAGCAAGGGAAGACCCCUCCCCAGCCCUCCUGUCGGCAGGGGCGGCAGGGGACGGGGUGCAGGGUCCACAUAGGUGGUGCACACGUGAGCCCCCCGGGGUGCUGCCUGCAUCGUUGGGAUCAAUGUCUUAUUUAUGUAGAAAAUGCAGAAAUCUUUACAUUCCUCAAGCUAGCCCCUGCCCCAAUCCUGCCCUGGCCUGAACACCCCCAGGGACAGAGCUGGUCUCUGGGCUGGGGGUCCCCGGGCCUGGGUUGGGCAGGCUGGACCAUACCGCCAGUCCACCGGUUCCAGUCUCCAUGGCCGUCCUGGUCCACACACGGACCCUGCACAAACCUAUUUAUUGAACCUGCUGGGCCCAAGCGGCUCUCCAGCCCUUCCGUCCUUCCCCAGCCGCUCUUGUCGCCUUGGCAGGACUGGACUCUGCCUCCCUGGCCAGCCUUGCAAGAGGACCGGGGUCUCCUGCCCUCUCUGUUGAGCCAGGAAUCCCAAGUGAGGGAUUGCCCCGGGGUCUGACUCUCAGGGCAAGCCCGUCACCCACUGUGGGACUUUGUGGUGGGCCCCUCAGCUCCCACCCCAGGUUGGGGCCCAGACUGUGAGGUCUGUGUGCGUGUGCGUGUGUGUGUGUGUGUGUUGUGGGGAUCUGGCCUGGCCCUUGGGGAUGGGGCUGCCGGGGACUGCCCCCCUUCCUGCCGUGGCCAGGCACUCUGUGUGCUGGGGGUGUCCCAGGCUCUGUUGACCCCGUCCAGGAACUUAGUUACCCAGCCUGGCCUCUCUUCUGAGAUUGGCCAGGGAGCAGGGCAGGCAAGGGGACCAGUGUGGAGCCUGAGGGUGCCUGCCCUGCUCUGGAGGGAGGGCCAGGAGCUGCCGCUCACCCCAAGUCCUCUCAGGGCCCACCCUCCUCUUUCGGCCUUUGCAUAAGGCCCCUGGGUACGCUCCAGAAGCCCCAUCCUUCCUCCCUCCGGGCAUAAGGCCCCUGACCACACUUCAGAAGCCCCAUUCCCCGCUGCCUCCAGGCCCAGCCCUGCUGUGAGCUGCUCUCCCUGCCCCGCCCUGGCCAUGUGAUCGUGUUGGUGACAGACCCUGAUGUGCUGGUGCUGUGUCCCCAAAACCGGGGCCCUCCACGGAGGCCCCUUCCCAGUGACACUACCUGGGGCUCAGGCCCGGACCCCUCCAGUUCACGGUUGCUCCUGGGAGCUGCCCCUCCCGUCACAUCUGAACCUUGGAAGCUGCUGCUGCUGCUUUACAGAAUUAUAUUUUUUUCUUUUGAAGAGUUUUAAGAAGUUGUAACUUUUUGUGUCUUGUCAUGUCAGAUGAUAAAUAAAUAUUCUAAGUAGA